GUGACGUCAUCGUGCCAGUUCCAUCAGGAUGAACCAUAGACUGUACAUGAUGAACUGAUUUCGGACCAGCUAACCGUUUACCUUCACCCGGGAUCCUUGAAUGUCUCUUAAACGCUCUUCGUUUUACAUGAACACACACGAAGACAUUUAGGACAGUAAAUCGUCUCGUAGCUCCGUUUGAUGGUUAGCUUGUUUUGAAACUUCCGUUUAGCCGGUGCUAUUUAGUCCAUGGAGUUGAGCAGCUUGGUAGAUGACUGUUUAUCUCCUGAGUCAACCGUGACCUCCCUUCUGUCGAGCUCAGGUCACCUGAGGAGCAGCCUGAGGCCUCCUGAACACGACACAACCAUCAGAUAUCGAGACAAGGACUAUGACUCAGCCUCAGCAGCACUGGACGCCUACAUCUCAGACUUUGACAGGAGUUGUCAGAAAUGCAGGUCGCUAACAGGAAGUCUGGUUCUUCACAAUGGGCCCUACACACCAACCAAACCCAGAGUGGGUUCACUCAGAAACCGAGACGUUCUCAGAGAGCGUUUGACAGACAGGGAGCUGGACUUCCUGAACCUCCCUGUGAGCUCCCUCCAUCACCGUAGUAACCGUGACAGAUACUCCAUGACAACUAACGAACUGUUGUCCAUCCCUUACGAUGGGUCCAUGCCUGUUACUCACACAUCUGCCUUCGUACAAGGCCUCCCAUCUUGGUCUGAAGCCCCUCGGUCCUUCUCCCCUACCUUCAGACCUGCACACAGAACCAGCGCAGGACUCGAUAACCGGGCUGCUCCCUUCCACCUGAACCAGACCUCUGAUCCCAUCAGACCUCCCAGCAGCUCCAGGUGCAGAGGGAGAGCAGCCAUGUUGAACCCAGCUGCUGUUGCCUCAUCUUCUGCACACAGAGCUGCAGACCUCCACAUCCCUCACUGGCUCACCAGUAACAAAGCUGAGCUGAACUGUUCUGAGAUCAGCAGCCUGCCUGAUUUGAAGUACCCGGCCUGGAUCCGACGCUGUGAUGUCAGCGAACCGGACCUGUGGGACGAGCGCGUUUCUCCUCCGACUGGAGCGCCCAGAACCGUAGCUUCAUCCUGGAUAUCUGACCUGGAAAAAGACAAUGAUCCUAAUGAUAAACCUGCACAGGUGGGACAGAAGUCUGAAAUAAGCUGCUUUCAGGCUGAAAACCAGCAGACACUCAGAUUUCUGAGGCUUCAGCUGGCCGAACAGAUUUCUGUUCUCGCAGCAGAAAGAACAGGUUCCGACUCCCUGGCAGCUCUGUUCAGAGAGAACAGGAUCGAAUCUCUGAUCCAGAAGGCGGAUCAGGUGCUGAACUCGCUUUCUGGAAGAACUGAGUGUCCUGCUGAUCCAACCAGUUCAAUUCACACUGAGGACUUGCUGCCCUCGCCUCCCCCACGCUUCCCUCCAUUACUCCUAGACUCAGCAGCUGGAGGGUUGGAAGCUGCUCCAGCUGACGGAGAUGUGGAGGUUCGGGGCUGUGGUUUCCACAGAAACAACAUCUGCAAGCAACCUGGACCAGUGGAGGCCAUGAAACAGAUGUUGUUCAGACUCCAGUCGGUGGAGGCGGAGCUUCAGAGACAAAAAGAGCCAGCAGAUCCGCCACCAUUCACUGAUAGUCUGAAGACACCUGAGAAACAGUUGCUUCAUCAUGACUCCGAGUUUCAGAGUUUUCAUGGGCCACCAUCCCUACAGAGAGCUCUGCAUCACCUGAACCGUCUGAAACUCCUGUUGGAAGAACCCAGCCAGAUAGACAGAGAGGAGGGCGAGGAGAAAGAAGAAGAUGAAGGACGAUACUCUUCUUCAUCAGCAGACAGACUCCUCAGCUCUCAGCAGGAACCUUCCUGACACAGGCGGACCCAAAGUGUUUCCCGUUUCUACCAGAAUCAGGAUGAAUGUUUACAGUGUAAAAAAUUUCUGAGACUCUGAUGAGCUCCAGAUUUUCUGACAGGUGCCAAAGUGCAGGAUGUGAACACACACAACCCGAUUCUUGUUCAGCAGGAACAGGCCCACAAUCUCAGAACCUUUCUGAAAUAUGAAGGAUGAAAAAAGCAGUGAAGAUGUGCUUUCAUAACUAUUUAAAAAACGUGAAUUUAACAGUAUUAAUGGAGAGUUAUAGUGACUUCCUAAAGUGUUAAUGAAAUGUGUUUGUCACAGAAAUAAAUUGAUUUAUAAAUGAG